AUGGCUGCGAUUGUACUGCUCCUCCUCGUAAGCCUCUGCAUGAGUUUGGACAAAGAACCGUACAUCCCUGGUAAUAAUUUACUGCUCGGAGGCCGUUAUAAAGAGGAGGAAACGGACCAAAAUCAGGAAGAGGGUAAUAACCGUCCACAAACUUGGGAUUAG